UUGUGUACCAAGAGACGGUUAUCUUUUUUGAUCCUCCAAGCAAUGGGAUGAGCUUCUCCGAGGCUUAUCAUAGCUUGUUUCACACACUCGGUCCCUUGCUAGCUGAAUAUGAUUUCUUAGCCGGGCGGCGUGUGCCAAGUUUGGAAGACAGCAAUCACUUUGAAAUCGAAUGCAACGGUGCAGGUGUUGUUGUUGCUGCAGCUAGGACAGAUACCAAGCUGGAUGAAUUUGGUGAGCUUUUGGUACCCAAGAAAGAGUUCAGGCAGUUUGUUGCUUUCUUGCCACAAGAGGCUGAGGAAAUGGAUCACAAAGAUAAGCCCCUUGUGUCGUUUCAGUUCACUCAGCUUGGAUGUGGAAGCCUAGUGUUUGCCUCCAGGUUCAAUCAUUGCGCAGUCGAUGGGGUUGCAGUCCGGGAGUUUGAGGCAAAUUUAGCAGCUCUAACUCGCGGUGGUAACUUAGUCAUUCGACCAAAUGCAGAUCGAACAAUGUUCAAAGCUCGAAACCCUCCAAACAUCAGUUUCCCACAUUUUGAGUACUCAAAAGCCACUGAUAGAACUGGCAUAUUCACUGUCCGUGGUCUGAGUGGCACCAACAUGAAACUAUCCACAACUCUUAACCCAACACGACUUAUCUAUUUGUCCCAAGAUCGUAUUGCCAGCUUGAAGAAGGCAGCCCUUAAAGAUGGGAAGUUGAAGAGCUGCACUAUCGAUGUUCGCAAACAAGUUGUGCCUCCAGCCCCACCUGGAUUUGCUGGAAAUGCAUUGGUUCCUGCCUUUGCACAUGCAACUGUGAAGGAGAUCAAGGAGGAAGAUGACUCUUCCCUUGUAAGGAAGGUGCAAGAAGGGGUAGAGAGAUUGGAUGAUGAGUAUGUGAGGUCAGGGAUAGAUUGGUUAGAGGUGAAUAAAGGGGUACCUUGUGAAGAAGAUAGCUUCUCACUGGUGUCAUGGUGGAAAUUGGGGAUAGAGCAUGGUGAAUUCUCAUGGGGACAAGUUAAGUGCACCACGUCGGUUCUACUCAAGCCGGGCCUUGUCAUGCUGCUGCCAGUACCGGAAGGAAAGGGAGGCCUCAGCAUAUGCCUGGAACUACCUGAUGAUCAAAUGGAGUUGUUCUGCAGGUUGAUGCUGGGCGAGUAG